AUGCCGGUGUGGUGCACCGACUACCCAAUCAGGAUGGUCGUUAAAUGCAAGAAGUUUGACCGGCAGCUUUUCGAGUCCGUCCUCAAGCGUCGCUUCUUCUUCACUGAGGCAUUUGAGAUCUACCGGUUGUCUCCAAACUUCAAAGGUGACAACCGUGGGCUCUUUGACUAUGCCACCCCAGGAUGCGCCCUGCAAACCAAUAUCGUGGACAUGUGGAGGAAGCACUUCGUUCUUGAGGAGAACAUGCUGGAAUUGGAUUGCACUGUCAUCACACCCGAGCUUGUGCUGAAGACAAGCGGGCAUGUUGACAAGUUGACGGACUGGAUGUGCAAGGACCCGAUCAAAGGCGAGCAUCCCUAA